CUGAAGAAACAGCGAUACAGUCAAUUAAGAGUUGCGAAAUAUACGCGUCUGGUUCAUUAUUCGACGUAAGGAAGAUUAUUUUCAACUUUCUGUUCCUUUUUCCAGGAUUAUAGUACAGAAGGGACGCGUCGUGUAGCGGAAGAGGACCGAAUUGGUCGACAUGUUUUCCACCAGGUUGGUUUCGGUGGCUUUGUUCUUCCUCUCUGCAACAGGUGUAAGAAGCUUUUCAGUCACCACCACCAACAACAAAGUGCAGGUCAAAGAGAAUGAAGGGACGGACCUCACGUGCUCGUAUUCAGCCGACUUCGGUUCCAACGCCAGGGUCGAGUGGAAAUUUAAAGACCUAAAAGGCUCACAGACGUAUGUGGUGUUUGAUGGGAAACCAACACAGCCGUACGCCGGCCGAGUGACCAUGUACGGCAAUAACCUGAGAAUCAACAAAGUGACCCGUAAAGAUAACGGAGUGUACGACUGCGAAGUGUCCGCCGGCGAAGGCCAGUUUGGGGAAGUCGCAGUGAGGCUGACUGUGAUGGUGCCUCCAUCUCCGCCCAUGUGUCGGAUCCCGUCCUCAGUGACGACGGGCAAGGUGGCCAUGUUGACCUGCCAUGAUGGCGACGGCUCCCCCCCCCCCACGUACAAGUGGUACAAAAACAACAUCCUUAUGCCCGCCGAUCCCAGCAAGAUAGCAGGCUUCCGAAACGCCACUUACAAGCUGAAUGCAGCCACCGGGAACCUGGAGUACCCCGCUGUAACCAAGAUGGACUCCGGACAGUACUACUGUGAGGCUGUCAACGAUGCUGGUCCUCCGCAGCGCUGCAAAGGCCUGAAAAUGGAAGUCCGUGACGUGAACACUGGAGGAAUUGUGGCCGGGGUUAUUGUGGCUCUGCUGCUCGUGCUGCUGCUGGUACUUGGCAUUUGGUAUGCCCACAAGAAAGGAUACCUGCCCAAGAAGGCAGAGAGCAAACCAAAGCCCAGCGUGGUGUACCAGCCGACGUCUUUGCAUUCUGGUGGUGGUGAAGAUGAAGAUGGGGAAUUCAAACAGAAGUCGUCGUUCGUGGUAUAGUCUUCAAAAGGGAGAUAACAUUUGUUUUAAAUGUCUCAGCGUGGGACUUUUCUGAAGUUUUUAGUGAUGCCUGUCAUUUUAUUAGCUCCUAAAUGGCAGUUUUUUACGGACCAUUGUGAUUGUUUGAGUUGAAUUGGACUGUCUGCUUUAUUGUCUCUCAUGCUUCCUGGUUAUAGGACAUCAUUUAGCAAAUGUAGGUUGUGAGACCGCUUUAAUUAUUUUAUAGGUUGUUUUAAUGAAAUGACUCGUGGCUACUCGUGACCUGUUUCAGCCUCAAAAGAUUUACCAUCUAUGUUUGGAUUGUGUUUCCGUGUGCAUCCUCAUACUGUGUGUGUUUGCGUUUCUCUUUUUACACAAACUUCUCUCAUGUAAAAUAUUGUUUUUCUAUUAAUGUUUGUUUUUCUUGUAAAUAACUAAACAGUUUUUACUGUUGUAAUUUAAAAUCAUCUUAUCCCUGAGCUUCCUUACAUUAACUUGAAACUAUACUACUACUGCUUUUAGGACAUUAACCAUUUAGAUGCACAUUUCUAGUUAAACUUGUAUUAUAUUUGUCUGGUCUUGGUGUCUGAUUUGUAAGUAUUUAAAACUUUUUUUUGCUCAACUAAUUGGUAUUUAUCAGGGUGUAGACUGACACUUCAGUCAACUUCCUGUUGAAACAAACGGACAUCAGCCUUCCUGUUGAGUGGAAGUUGAUGUGUUAAAAAAGUUUUUAAAUAAUUACCUGCCUGUUUGCAAGGCCUCUUGUGUUGCCUUAUAUUAACGAUAAAUUACCCAAACUCUUGUGAGAUGAUGGUCCUAAUAUUAGUUCUGUCUCCAUGCACAAAGAUUAUAUUAUUUGUUACCCUUGACAUUUUUUUAAUUCUCAGGUAAUGUGUUUUAGUAGUACGAUCAUGUCAGACAUCAAUAUAUCAUGAGUUUAUAAUAUAUCAUCUUUCAGUUACAAUAUUCACUUUUAAAACACUAUAUUUUCUACAUUGCUUCACCUUUCCAUGGUAGAGAAUUUAGAGCUGAUGAUUGUAACUUUGUCUUAAUAUUUGGUUAAUAAAAUGUUGUUGAUAAA